AUAUUUGUAGCUGAGGACACCGGGGCAUGUCACACAAUUAAUACAGAUUGAACGUCAGUUACGUGGGAUAAAUCGUGUAAUAAAUCUCGAGUUUAACUUUUGGUUCUUUUGUACUUCAUGUUAAUGCGAAGCGUCACGCAACCAAGCAACCAGUACGUCCCAAAGCUCUCUCUCUCUCUCUCUCUCUCUCUCUCUCUCAUAUUCAGAUCAGCUCAGCAUAAUGUCAAUAAAAUAAUUUUUAUUUGUAAUAUGAUUCACGAAGAGAAAGGAUUGCAAUUGAACGAGGACUUUUACUUUGCUUGACGUCUGUCAGAUGUCUGGAAUCGAAAAUGUACGUCGCGUAACUUCAAGAAUGCAAACGCAGGCGGCCUUUGAAACUCCUGUCGUCAAGGUAACCCCUCAAAGGUAAACAUAAAGCUGUCUUCCCUUUUUUCUUCACCUGUAUCGGAACAAACGCCGGGAGUCUUAAAAUGUCCUUGUGGGAAAUGGACAGUUUUUAUAAAAGGAAUGGAUAUGGGAUCCAGGAAUGGUCAGAAGGAUCGAAGUAUGAAGGAGAAUUUAAAAAUAACCUGAAACAUGGCACUGGUGUUUACACAUGGCCGAAUGGAGAGUUCUUUAAAGGUUCAUUUUUUAGGGAUUGUCGUCAUGGAAAUGGCAUGUACUCUUGGCCGGAUGGGUCAAAGUUCACUGGAAAGUUUUAUUUGAACCAUAAGGAGGGUUAUGGUGUUCACGUUUUUCCCGACGGAUGGACCUUUCAGGGUCUGUAUCAUGCCGAUGAACGCUUUGGGCCCGGGAUCAUGACGUACCCGGAUGGGCGACAGGACGUGGGCCUUUGGCACAGACAGAGGUUGGUGCGACUCUGUACGAGCCUGGAGGGCGGAUUUACCCUGAGAGACUUUCCUGAACACAUGGCCAGACUACCCAAGAAACAACUUCCGGUCCCACCUCAUCUUCUCACGAUGGAUGAUGAUACAGGUUCUGCACUGGAUCAUGCUCCAUCAGAGGAGGAGGAACGUUUCAUCCGGCCUCCAGACAUUGAGCAGUACACUACAGACUCAGACCACCUGCCUGUCCCCAGAGGUCUACGUCGGGAUCUAGAUUUGCACUUUUUUGGUAGGAGUGACAUCAGCACAUGGCAAAACAUAGAUGACAUGCCUUUACAGCAGCGCAUGAAUCGACACAUUCAAAGACACAGAUUUGAGAUUGAUGCAUUAGACUGGGAUGUCGCUGCAGUCUUGAACAUGAACAGGGGUCAGUUUGGACCCAAAGGCCCUCUUGAGCUGAACUCAGAGAGACUGAUCAAGGAGGCUUCAGUUGGUGAGAAAAAUAAUGUUAGCAAAAUGCUCAGAAACGGAGACAUUCAUCCUGACGUUACUGAUGCCCGGGGACACACAGCUCUCAUCGCAGCCACGGCCAAUUGUCAUGAUGACAUCAUCCACUUCCUGUUGGACCGCGGGGUAGAUGUAGAUAAGUUAAAUGAUGAAGGCAUGUCUGCUCUGGCGGUUUGCAAUGUCCUUUACUAUCCACACCAGUCUUUACAUGAGACACUUGCUGAAAAAACACCCCAGAACCUCUGUGCAGACUUACAGAGCCUCAAAAUCUCUGAGGAACCCGAGGCGGAUCAUCCACCUGGGCGUGAACAAGAUACACCAACAUUAGAACCAAAUGCUCAGAUGAUGUGCCAGAUUGGAACAGUGACCCCUGCAGACAGUCAGGAGACAGUGAGCAAAACUGCUCAUCUGAAGACAGAAGAGCAGAAACAAUGGGUUACAAUGAAGCUCCUUCUGGAUAGAGGAGCGGACCCGAAUGCCUCUAGCAUCCCCAUGCCCGCCAUUUUCCUCGCUGUCAAAGCUGCUCAUGUUGAAGGGGUCCGUCGUCUUGUUCUGUGUGGAGCCCGUACAGAUAUACCUUUACCUCCAGAGCAAAAGGGUCUGUACCCCCUUCACAUAGCAGCAGGUUUACCUGGAGCCGAGGCUCCACAGAUCACAGAACUCCUUCUGCACGCCCUGGCGGACCCUGAUGUCAAAGCUCAGGAUGCGGAUGAGGUCUAUGAACUAGAUGAGCCUCAGAACAUGUCUGAGCCCCAGACUUUUGAUACUAUGCAUUUCACGGCUUCUGGAUCCCUGGCAACGUUCAACAGACCUAUGGCUGAGCCUACAGAAGAAGGAGGGAGGACACCACUGCAUGUCGCCUGCCAAAGAGACUCAGAAUAUACUAUCGCUCGAGAUGUCGUGGCCCUACUCCUUUCUCAUAAAGCAGCCACCAACCAUCUAUGGAGCGGACAUUCACCAUUGUCUCUUGCCAUUGCAAGUGGUAACAACCUCGCUCUGGAUGAACUGCUCGCCGCAGGGGCCGAUCCUAAUCUCCGGCUCGCUGGUCGCUUGGGCAGCGCUCUCUGUACCCUUGCCAACAUCAGCUACGACCGCGGGCCAGAAGCGCGCAACCAAAUCAACCUACUCGAGAAGCUGAUCAAAGCUGGCGCUGACAUCCUCAUGCCCGUCGUGGUAGGCAAGGGACACAGGUGCAGCUUGGGAACAGUGGUGGAUUAUGCUCACCACGCAUUCAAGCAGGACAAGCGCGUGUCCCAAACCCCUUACCAUGCCCUCAACAAGCGUGAGAGGAAAGCUUAUAACGCCCGAUGCCAGUUGCUAAACCUCAUGGGAGAUCUUCUGAGACAGGCUGCUAUACGGAUGGAGAGACGCCGUGUGGAGGAGGAAGAGAGCCAGGGCAUAUUGAGUGUCAGUCCGACAGAUAAGUUUGUGUACACUGGAGCAGGAGGCAGUCGGAGUCUGCUAAGCUCCCCUGAGAAAAAUAUCAGGAGUGUCAGUAAAGAGCAGAGACAAAGAGCGCUGAGAAAACCUCUCUUCAAAUAUUGCUACCAGUGCGGCCGGUCAGUGGGAGUGGUCCUGUCGGCGUGUAGCCGAUGCCAGGAGGUCUUUUACUGCAGCAAGAGUUGCAAAAUGAAGGCCUGGGACAAGAUCCACAAAGACGAGUGUAUCCGCGUGCCAGUGACGAGUGGAAAAAGCAACAGAAGUAAAUGCAUUUCCAGCGAACGGCGUCCACCUCUGUCAGCCAAAGACGCUAAAGCCAAGACCUUCCACCCGAACGUGACCCCAGAAAUCCAAGAUUGUGACCCCAAAGAAAAUUACAGUUUUAUAUAAGGACAGUUACAAAGGUUUUGUAAAAGAAAAUUUCACUUCUAUUAUUUCUUGUUACGUAAGGUUGUGGCCUCACAUUUAAAGAGUACAAACUGUCAUUUAAUAAGCUGAAGCCACAAACAUACAAAUAAUAUUUCCAUUUUGUUUGAACAACUGUGCAUUUUUUAUUUACUUAAAACAGACGAAAUUUACAAAUCAAAAUAAUAGGGCUGAAAACAAAUCAAAAUGUCCAAAGCACACAUCUCCGCAUCUCUCAUACACGCUCAAGCGUGUGUUCAAUCUGCCAAUGACAUACAGAACGUGUUAAUGGUCCAAAGUCCGUUCAUCGAGUCAUGCGUUCAACUAAGACUAUACAAUGUGCUUUAAUUGAUUUAAACUGGACAACCCGAGUACAAAAACCAGCCCUCCUGUGAUAUAAUCCACCGCAUCGUACAGUACAUUCUCCACUGAGGUUACAUUCCACAACUUUGUACAUUGUUUCACAUAUCAUAUCUGUCCCACCAAUUCAGGCCUUGAUUCAUUUAACGGCAGUUGUGCAUCAACGGUAUUAUAAACAAACAUCAUACGAAACGUGAAGAAGAUUUUAUUUAACAUCUUUCAAUGCAAUUUUUAGGGGAUUGGGGAUGCGUUAGAAAGUUUGAAGUGUACUCUCACUAAUAGUUCUUAUAUAAUCUUUCUUAUGAAUCAACUUUGUGUUAAAGUGUCACUGCCACGCAUUUAGUUAUUUGUAUUGCUCUGGAAUCAAAAAUCAUUAAAGUUGUCGCAGUGCCUUAGGAACUUUCAUUAAAAGUGAUUGAUGUUUAUUAUUUUAAAAUGGUACAUUCUGUAUAUGACUGCUUCCCUUGAGCUUUGGCUAAAAAUUAAAUUUCAUUCAAGGCAAUUUGAUUCA